AUGCAGAUCAAACUGAAUAAUUGUGAGAAUUUUGUUUUUGUUUCAGAAACUCGUGGAUCGAUGCCACCAAUGCUAAAUGAUAAAUUAGUGUAUAUGAUAGCUCGAGUUGAAGAAACUAUCGUUAUUCCUUGUGUGGCCUACGCGAAUCCUCGGCCUACAAAUAGAUGGUAUUAUAAUCGACAACAAAGGGACGAACCGAUCGAAGAAUCUUCAGGACAUUUUUUGGUCAGGGAUGGUUCUUUAAUAAUACAAAACGUCCAAGAAGAAGACGCUGGUUCCUACAUGUGUACUGCUAGUAACUCGGAAGGUAGUGAAACGAUGGAAGUUAAGUUAACGGUUUCUGCACCUUUGAGUGUUCACGUUCAACCUGCCAUUCAAACUGUGGAUCUUGGAAAACCUGCUUACCUGACAUGCAGCGCAAGUGGAUUUCCUCAAGCUGCUCUCUACUGGUUGAAGGAUGGUCAGCCAUUACGAACAGGUGCCCGUAUAAGAAUAGUUUCCCGGGAACGUAUUUCCGUGACGUCAGUUGCACGCGAAGACCGAGGGAUGUACCAAUGUUUUGUCAGAAACGAACACGAGAUGGCACAGGGAAUUGCGGAAUUACGCCUGGGCGAGAUAGCUCCACAGUUGGUCUAUAGAUUCAUCGAACAGACAAUGCAACCCGGUCCAUCGGUUUCCCUGAAAUGCAGUGCCGCGGGUAAUCCUACGCCGCAAAUUUCCUGGCUGUUGGAUGGAUUUCCGCUCCCACAAAACGACAGACUUCUGAUUGGACAGUACGUAACCGUGUACGGAGAUGUAAUCUCACAUGUCAACAUUUCGUCAGUAAAGCCGGAAGAUGGUGGCGAAUACGAGUGCACGGCUAGUAGCAGAGCUGGUGAUUCCAAACACUCUGCCCGGUUGAAUAUCUAUGGAUUACCGUACGUGAGAGCAAUGCCAACGAUUUCAGCGGUUGCUGGGAAGCAACUAUACAUCAAAUGCCCUGUCGCCGGGUAUCCAAUUGAAGCGAUAAUAUGGGAAAAAGAUGGAUCAAGACUGCCUACCAAUAUGAGACAGAGGGUCUCCAAUGGUACUUUAAUUAUCGAUACUGUUCAACAAAAUGCUGACCAAGGGACUUACACCUGCACUGCCCGAAAUAAACAUAAUUUCACAUCCCAUCGAUCUGUCGAAGUUCGUGUUUUAGUUCCGCCGCGGAUCUCGCCGUUUUAUUUCGAGACCGGUAUCACCCAAGGGAUGAGGACACAACUAAUGUGUACCACGAGCCAGGGAGACCAGCCCUUCAACAUCACUUGGUUGUUGGACAGGAACCCUAUUCAAGUCAAAGAGAAUAGUGAUGUUUCGUCGAGCCAGUUACCUACCAGUCAGGAAAUCACCAACAUUCAGAUAAGCGACUAUCCGCCGUUUUCCAGCAUCCUCACAAUUAGUAAUGUCACAGCAAAGCACAGUGGAAACUACACGUGCCGAAUCAGCAACAUUGCUGGAGUCACCGAACACUCCACUAGACUCUCCGUAACUGUACCACCUCAAUGGAAGACUGAACCUAUCGACCAAGACGCAAUUGUAGGUCACAGCGUCUCUAUUGCUUGUCAAGCUGAAGGAUUUCCGAUUCCAUCUGUAACUUGGAAGCAAUCUAGCAGUGAGAGUCCAGGUGACUACAGAGAGCUUGGUUAUGGGGGAACCGAAGGAGCCGGAGUUGCUGCAAAUGGUUCGUUGCUGAUCCCAAGGGUAUCUCGAGAGCACAGUGGCUCUUACCUAUGCAAGGCAAGCAACGGUAUUGGCCCUGGUCUCAGCAAACUCAUUCGGCUAACAGUUCAUGCAGGACCUUCCGUGACCGUCAGAAGCAGAGAGGAAUCUGUAAGAAGGGGUGAGAGGGUGACUUUGCGCUGCGAGGCAGAAGGAGACGCACCCCUUGAUCUCAGCUGGCGAACACGUGGGAGCACUGUUGGAUCUACUUACGAUGAUAGAUACACUGUGGAGAAUUCUCCCAUUCCACUCGGUCAUGCAUCGGAAUUGCGAAUCAGUCAAGCCGGUCACGCUGAUCGAGGGGAAUAUGUGUGUGUGGCCAGAAAUGCUUAUGGCCACGAUAGGGUGACCGUUCACCUACUUGUCCAGGAGCCACCGAAUUUUCCACGUAAUUUACACGUGGCUGAGCUGGGAAGUCGAGCGAUAACUUUGGCUUGGUCUCCGCCUUCGAGUGUUGCAGAUACCAUGCAUCCGGAUUCUCCAAUCGCAAAAUAUGUAGUUCAAUAUAAAGAAGCUCAAGAUGUGUGGCAUGAACACAAUAUGCAGAAGGUGGUCGAUGGAGACAAGACAGUCGCUCUGAUAUCUCCGCUUGAACCCGCAACGACCUACCACUUUCGAGUUUUUGCGGAAAAUCACCUCGGAACAUCAGCCCCAAGUGACAUCCUUCAUGCUCAAACUGACGGCGAGGUUCCUGGUGGGCCACCUAAACAGGUAACGGUUGAACCACUUGGUCCUCAACAACUCAAAGUCACUUGGCAACCACCUGAUCGUUCACUCUGGAAUGGCGAGCUACUGGGAUAUGCCAUCACAUACACAAAUUUGGGGAGCGACGAGCAAUCGGCGAAUGUGACUCGGGUAGGAAUCACGGGUAAUGGAGACGGAUCCUACGAUUAUCGGCUAACGGGUCUGCGAAAAUACACACAAUACAGCAUCGUCGUGAAGGCGUUCAAUAGCAAGGGCGACGGGCCAGGAUCAGAUCCAAUGAUAGCGCAAACUCUGGAGGAUGUUCCAAGCUCGCCACCGCAGAACGUGGCCUGUGCAGCGCUGAACGGGCAGAACAUCCAGGUUACUUGGAAACCGCCCCCCUCUGAUAAAGUUCACGGGGUGGUUCAGGGGUACAAGCUGGUGUACGAAGCAGCGAAUGGGGCGACGGAGACAGAGUUGCAGGGAUCACCGGAAACGAGAAUCACUCAUGCCUUGAGCGCAGUCCUUCACGGCCUUAAUCCGUAUACCAACUACACGGUCCAAGUUUUGGCGUAUACACGAGCUGGUGAUGGAGUUAGCAGCACUCCGGUCUCUUGCACCACUGAAGAAACUGUUCCUGGCGCGCCAGAAAGGGUGAAGGCCGUGGCCAGUGCAGAAGAUGCAGUGGUGAUAUCCUGGCUUCCUCCUAGACGGCCGAAUGGAGUUCUGACAAAAUAUACCGUUUUCAUUCGUGUGCUGGAUCAGGGCCAAGAAGUGAAGAUCAUUAAAGACUCUCUGCAAGCGCAGAACUUACACUAUGAUGCAGUGGGGCUCAAGCUACGUGAGUCCUACGAAGCUUGGGUUACAGCCUCCACCAAAGUAGGACAAGGACCUACAACCCCGGUCAUCAAAUUCAAGCCGAGUACCACAACUCCAGCUGCAAUUGUAUCCUUUGGGGUACCCGUCAUAGUACCAUGGAGAGUGGACGUGACUUUAGCUUGUCAUACAGUUGGCAAUCCAAGGCCUAUUGUUGAAUGGCGUCUGGGAGAUUUGAAAUUGCAGAAACAGCAACAAAGGAUCGAUAUCGGCCUAGAUAAUACUUUAAUAUUGCGAAACGUUCAAAGGACUCAAGAAGGAAACUAUACUUGUGACGCGAGGAAUUCACUUGGGUCUGAUUCGAUUAUUUACAGUUUACACGUGCAAGUUCCACCAACGCCACCCACCCUUCUGGCAACGGGCACGACGAACGACGCAGUUCAACUUCAAUGGAAACAGGGAGAUAACGGGGGAUCGCCUAUUAAAGGAUUCCUAUUGGCUUACCGAAGGGAGUUUGCAGAAUGGGAAGAGGUCAUGCUGGAUCGAAGGGCCAAUACUCAUCUUCUGGAAGGUCUACAAUGUGGUACCAAGUACCAAUUCACCUUAGCAGCCUUCAACCGGAUUGGGAGUGGCAGUGCGAGUGAGAUUGAAAAUGCAAGGACGAAAGGAACCAAACCGAUUCCACCAUCGAAGCAACAUCUGGUGAGGGCUAAUUUGACUGCCGUCACUCUGGAGCUGGCCUCCUGGCAAGAUGGGGGAUGUCCGCUGCUCUACUUCGUCGUCGAGUACAGGAGGUUCCCCGGUGAUUGGCUCUUAGUUUCGAAUAACAUACCGCCCCAGUCGAGGUUUCCGAUAGUAAAUUUGGAAAGUGGGGCAAAUUACGAGUUGCGGAUAACCGCUUACAACAAUGCGGGAUCAACGCAGGCGGAGUACUUGUUCAGUACUUUAAUGCCCAACGGCAACACAAGAAUGCAGGAAGGUCCAGUUCUGGAGACUGGAGAAACGCCCUUAUAUCUCGAUGCACAAGUUUUGGCUCCCAGCGUGAUAUCUUUACUCGCCGUCAUCCUCGCCAUAGCUGGGGUCUGCUUUUGUCUGAGAACACAUCCUGUUAGACCCGGUACAUCAAACGACCCGAAUGCUCAGAGCCAAGCAGCCCUGGAAAAUAAGCAUAAUAUGGAACAAAGGGAGCAGUAUUACGCAACUGUGAGGAAACCAGGACAACAGUCUCCCUGUCGAGAGAUGAGUGCUCUGGAACGCAUUCCGGAAUAUUCGGAAGACAUUUAUCCAUACGCCACAUUCCAUCUCCCCGAGCAGGAAAAUCUCUCUGCCAACCCGAUACGACAGGCCUAUUUCUACGAGAGGAGCGAGACUAUGCUUCAGGGAGCCCAGUGCGACGUGGACCAAUACACUAAGGUUCGCGGAAGGGCACGUCGCAAAUCCAAGUCUUUCAAGUCCGAGUCGGAAGAAUAUGACACCUUGGGUUCGGACAGCGACACAGAAGUUGGCACUAGUAGUCGCACCGAAUCGUCGAAUCAUCUGGAGGAUUCGGGGCCACCUUCCAUUAUGGCCCGUUCACCGGGGCCCAAUUCCGGACCGCGGGGCCGAGAGCAGCGAUUAGCCCUUGUUCCCAGGCCGGUUCAUCAUAAUGUGCUGUACCACACGCACGAAUCAAGUACAUCAACAGAGCCGUCACCAAUUUCUGAGAGGAAGACUUUCCCUAGGAUAGAAAAGCAGAGGUAUCGAGGUGGAUCUCUGGAUGUAUCGGUGGAACCAGUUCGUCCGCUACUGAAGCUUUCCGAGACAGGUAUGCGCCCCUACUCGGCAAAUGCUUCACCAAGUCAACCGAAUAAUCACGGAAGACUAUCAACAUACGACCGGCCGAAGGAUAUCAGAAAAUCGGUCGAAUGUCUUGUGGACGACAAAAAUCCACCCCGAAAAUUCCAAAUGAAUUCGAGGUAUCGACAUCGAGAAAAAGGCGCAAAUUGGGGCAACGAACUGUCCACCUUGGAAUUGAAACCUCCCACUGGCUUCACCGAUGCCCUCGAAACCAGCGAGGCCGAAUGUGACAUCGACAUGAAACUUAGACUCCACAGGAAAAAGGGAGGCCAAAACUGCCAACUUUCAAAAUCACCUCAAGACUUUACAAUUACAGUCUGAGAUUAUAGCGUAUAUCAAAAAAAGAGAUUUGUAAAAAUUUAAUUGUAAAAUUAAUUCCCUGUUGAGAAAAUUGAGACUUUGAUGUAAAGAAUGACUGUCUCAGAGACAUUUAUAAUAUUAUU